AUGCCGCACACAGUUGUGGUGUCAAUUGUCAUAGGCACCAUUUCGUUUCUUGAGAAGCGGAAUAUUCCUCACUUCAAGUCGCGCGUCUUCAGGCAUUUUGGUGUUAGCCAGCGGCAAGGUUGGGAAAUCGUCCGCCAGCAGCGCAACCAACGUAACCUGCAAGAUGAGCCUGAUCAUCCCGACCUUGAAGAAACACACGGCCGGAAACGGAUUCUUAUACCCGACGACCUAUAUACGAUGGAGAAGCCGAUCUGGGAAUACGGCUUCGAGGCUCGAGGAUGGGUCUCGCAAGCCACUGCUAAAAAGCGUCUCAAGGCUGCAACUAUAGCUCUUCGGGAACGCCCAACUCCUCAGCAUUGGCACGAUAUCCGGUGGUCCGACGAGGUACAUUUUUCUCUUGGACCUAAGGGCCGGGCUGUGAUCAUUCGGAAGCCUGGUGAGCGGCACUGCCCAGAUUGCAUUCAAGAAGCUCGGGAGCCGGAACCAAAGUAUCUUAAACGACUUCACGCCUGGGCAGCGAUCGUGUGGGAUUUCAAGUCAGAACUCUACUUCUACGAGGUCCCAGGGAACACGAACGGGAAGAUGUCGAUCGACUCUGGACAUGGUACGGGCAAGAAGAACAUCGUCCGAGACUGGAAGCAACACAACGGUUUGAGAUACUUAUUCAACACACAUGGAUCCCCAGACCUCUCUCCAAUUGAGAAUGCGUGGAACGCCGUCAAGCAGUAUAUAGCUAAGUUCCCGACGUGGACUGAAGAGGAGCUUCAGAGCCCAGCGAUCGAAGCGUGA